AUGGAGACAUUCACAACGCUGUCCGCCGGAUUCCUCCCAGAUAGUAAGGACAACCUUAUUGGACAUAAUGAUGGCGGUGCUACCAGUUUCGGUACCAAUAGCGACGCGAUCCUUGACCCUCUUGAUAACAGCAACCCGUCAACACCGGGCGUCGACCUCAAGUCCCACCUAUUGAUCCAGGAGAUGCGAGUUCGUCAGAACGGUGUGUUUCCAAUGGAUGAAGCCAUUGCGAAUGCUCUGCCGGAGGGAUUCACGUUCGUAUCAGUAGUGUAUUUUGGUUACAGUGCUUGGACCAUUACGGGCAAGCUCGUCGCUCGCUCUUCGAACGCCAAGAAGGUCUUUUUCGUCAAGAUUGCAUAUGGAGAGACCGGCAGAGUCAUGCUUCUUGGCGAAUUCGAGUCGUCCAAAAUCAUAUACAAGCUGAUGCCAGGCUUCAUCCCGGAGCCCUUUGGGUACGGACAGUACAAGAAAGCAGACACACCCACGUACUUCUACAUGUCUCAAUUUGUUGAUCUCGAUGUCACAACAGCACAGGACCCCUCCAUGUUCUGCGAACGUCUGGCCGAGCUUCAUUCCAGGAGUCAGUGCCUCGCGGACAAAUUUGGCUUCCACGUCACGACGUGCGAUGGCGACCGCGCACACAUUGUCGAGUGGGAGUCGAACUGGGCCGUAUUUUAUAGGAAAAUGUUCCUCCAUACGCUCAGCCUGGACAUCAAGCGCAACGGCCCGUGGCCUGAGUAUGAGCGUGCCGGGCAUCAGGUAGCUUGGGAGGUCAUCCCGCAACUACUGGAGGGACUCACGUGGAACGGAGAACCGAUCAAGCCCAGCCUGAUUCACGGCGACCUGUGGGAGGGAAACACGGGUAUCAGCAACGAGACGAACGUGCCCAUGCUGUUCGACGCCGGAUCGUACUUUGCCCAUAACGAGAUGGAGCUAGGGCAUUGGGUCUGUGAGUUUUCGGCAACAUUUGGUGCGCAGGCAUACAUGGACCGGUACGUUGAGUUCUUUGCGAUGGCGGAGCCCGCCGAUGAGUUCGACGAUCGAAUUCGGCUCUACAGCCUCAAAGGGGGCAUCAACUAUUCCGCUGGUCAUCCUGGCAGCAGACUGAGAAAAUCGGCUUAUAAUAGCAUGUGUUACCUCUGCCAGAAAUAUGCCCCGAUCGACGGCAUUGAUGCCUACGACGAAUCGAUCGAUCCGAUCAAGACAGGAGCCAAGAUUGUGUCCCACGAAGAGAUCAACUGA